GCAAUAGCUUGCUUGAUGGACAUGAAUGCGUUGCUGGACAGAUUUCACAAUUACAUCCUACCGCAUCUGAGAGGGGAAGACCGAGUUUGUCACUGCAACUGUGGCAGGCACCACGUCCAUUACGUCAUUCCGUAUGACGGGGAUCAGUCCGUGGUGGACUCCUCGGAGAACUACUUUGUGACUGACAAUGUAACCAAGCAGGAGAUCGAUCUGAUGCUGGGACUGUUGCUGGGUUUUUGUAUCAGCUGGUUUCUGGUGUGGAUGGAUGGGGUUCUCCACUACGCUGUGCGAGCCUGGAGAACCAGCCGGCGGUACGACAAUUCCUGGUCUUGGAUUCCAAAGUUUUGUAACCUAAAGGAGUUCAGAAAACGUCACCACAGGCAGUACGAGGAGGCGACCGGGAACAUGGUGCACAUCAAACAGAAGCUGUACCAUAACGGGCACCCCAGCCCACGGCACCUCUGAGGAACGCCUUCCCCUCCAGAGACUGCAGCGAGGUUUUAAAGAGGACUUUGCUCUUCUUCCAGGGGAACAGCUCUUAGUUUGCCCCUCUCUGGAAGCCAGCGAGGACAUCAUUUUAUUUAUCCAUCCCGUGUGUCCCCGCGGCACACCACGAUGCACAACUAAGCCAGUCCUGGAUGCUACGCAGCCAAGACAUUGCACUGUGUUCCACAUUUUAUUGUCAGACUUGUGUACAUAUGUAAAAAAAAAAAAAAGCAGACCAACAAAAACAACGACAAA